GCGGGGAGGCUGACUCGGCCCCUCCGCCACCCCGGCCGCGCCAGCCCCAGGGCGGCCUUUCUGGACGAUCUGUAGCAAAUGCGCUCGGAAGUUCGACCUUCCAGCCUUCGGCCUCCAUCACGGUCCGAAGGCGCUUACGAGCGCAACAACGGGCGCCCUGUAUGAGGCGGAACGCAACCCGCAAACUCCUCCCCGCCGCAGCCCCCCGCACUUCCGCCGGAAGUCGGUCCGUCCGCCAGCGUCGCGCGCUGACGUCACGGCCGCGACGGCGUUCUGGGGGCGCGCCCCGGAGGCGCGGGCGGGGUGCCGCGGGCGGUUGGGUCGCCCUGGGAGCGCGUGCCUCCUCCGCGCCCCUGUGCCGGGGUGUCUCGGGCGGGUGUGAACUGACCGGUCCGCAGCCAGGUCCGGCCUCCGGGCGGAAGCUGCCUCGCGCAGCCCGGGGGUCUCCGGUGGUUCCGGGCGCAUGCCUCUGCGCAGGAGGAAAUGCGGUGGGAAAGCUCUGUGAGUGUUGGGAGGAGGAAAGCCAGAGCUGCCCGCCGGAAAUCAUCCUCCAGACAAGAACUAUGUAGGCUGGAGACCCCGAGCCACCCGCCCCAGGAUGGACUUCCUGGUUCUCUUCUCAUAUUACUUGGCUUUGCUGCUGAUUGGUGGUGUUGUGCUCUGCAUCUGCUUGCAAACCCGCUACCUGAAUGGCCUGGCCCGAGGGGGCGCACAGAUAUUUUCCUUUAUAACUCCUGAACGGCUUCAGAGAGUCGUGCUGAGAUCGCUUCAUUACCUCUUUCACACCCGAAACAAUGCCUUCCUCGUCCUGCACGUCGUCUUACAAGGAAUGGUUUACACGGAGUACACCUGGGAGAUCCUGGGCUACUGUCAGGAGCUGGACUUCUCCCUGUGCUACCUUCUGCUGCCCCACCUGCUGCUGGCCGUGAACCUGGUGUUCUUCACCCUGAGCUGUCUCACCGACCCUGGCACCAUCACAAAAGCAAAUGAAGCAUUGCUUCUUCAGGUUUAUGAGUUCGAUGAAGUGAUGUUCCCAGAGAAAAGGUGGUGCUCUACUUGUGAUCUAAGGAAGCCAGCGCGAUCCAAGCACUGCACUCAGACCGCCGUUUGUAGCUACGUCAGCGGGGGUGCGUGGUGCCAUUGUCUCAUCGGACCGCCGGUGUCUGCAGGUGUGUGUAACCGGUGUGUGCACCGCUUCGACCAUCACUGUGUGUGGGUGAACAACUGCAUCGGGGCCUGGAACGCCAGGUAUUUCCUCCUCUACCUCCUGACGUUGACGGCGUCAGCUGCCGCCAUGGCCGUCGUGACCACCGUGUUUCUGGUCCGGUUGGUGGUAAUGUCCGACUUGGACCUGUACGUCGAUGACCAGGAUGUUGACACCAUCUUUCUUAUUCAGCGCCUGUUCCUGACCUUCCCGCGGAUCGUCUUCCUGCUGGGCUUCGUCUUGGUGCUGAGCUUCCUCCUGGGCGGCUUCCUGUGCUUCGCACUGUUCCUGGCUGCCACCAACCAGACCACGAACGAGUGGUGCCGAGGGGACGGGGCCUGGUGCCGGCACUGCCCCCCGGCGGCCGGGGCCCGGUCAGCAGAGCCCCGUGCCUACCGGAACAUCCACUCCCAUGGGCUUUGGAGCAACCUCAGAGAGAUCUUCCUACCCUCUACUGCACAUGGUGACAGAAAGAAGAAAUGAGGAUGGAAGAGUGUUACUGCCUUUUAAAUAUAGUUAAUUUUAAAUAUAGUUCAUUUAUUUAUGCAUAUGGA